AUGUUGGUGAUCAUCUUCGCCGUGGGGUGGCUGGGCUGUGCUGAAGGAUUUGGCCUGCUGCCGCCGGUAGCAGACCUGCUGCUGCAACCAAGAACAGCUACGAGGAAGACGACAUCUCUCCGGCAACGACAACAGCAGCUCGGAGGGCGACGAAGUUCGAUUGGCGUCAGCAUGAGGGGAGAGGAAACACCGUGUAAUCGGGCAGGGUUCCUCAAGAACGGACUUGCGUUGCUCGUCGGCUCGGUAGCGGUAGCGUCAGCGUCUCCAGCCGUGGCGGAGACGGAUUCGGACGAACUGGACGAAGAAACCAAGCAGAAGAUCACCCAGGCGUUGAUGGAAGCUCUAGAGGGCAUGGAAGGCAUGGAGCUCACGCCGGGGGGAGGGGCGCAGUCCAAGGACGUCCUCAAGGCGUCUUCGGAUGUGCUGCCUAACAGGAGCCCGUUCGAGAUGCAGUACGAGCUGUUCAAGCGGGGGAUGGAACUCGAAGACGACGAUGACUUCGUUGGCGCGGAGAGGCAGUGGACCGAGAUCAUCGAGAACUUCAACAGCCCAAAUUUCCGGGCGACCAACCCCGGGAACAAGGUGCUGCUGGCCAGGGCGUACAGCAACCGCGGCAACACGAGGCUGUCGCUGCAGAAGACGAGGGAGGCCAUCCUGGACUACAGUGAGUCCAUCGACCUCGUCCCGGAGAAGGGGGAGUUCUGGCUGGCUCGCGGGGUGGCGUUCGAGGACAUGGCCGACCGCAAGGUGCUGGCACGGGCAGACCGUAACGUGGAGGUGGCGCGCACGUUCUACGAGAGCGCUCUUGCUGACUACGACCACGCCGUCGUAUUGGACCCACAGGAUCCCCGCGUGUACAUCAGUCGUGGCGACGCGAACACCCUCCUGGGCCAGGGACGCGAUGCGCUGGACAACUACAUCCGCGCGGUCAACCUAAGCCCCAUGACCCCUGAGGGAUACCAAUCGUCGCCGACGAUCCGCCCCCGGAGGAGGACAGCACCCGCAGCCUCGAGGAUGAACUCUUGCUCGAGAAGGUGAAGGCCGAAAGACUGCAGCGGAAGGUCGAUUACCUCACGCCGAUCGUGGCCGGACUCAAGCGACAAGUUUCCAACGAGAAAAAAAAGACGAAGCGAGCCAAGCUUAAUCUUGGGAACCUCAAGGCUGACGAACCGGUGGGGGGGGCGGAGCAAGAGGAACCUGAGCAGGAGAGGGUAAAGGGUGGUGGGGAGUUGCUCUCUGCAGAGGAUGAGAAGAAGGUGUUGGAGCGCGUCAUCAAGAACCGUCUCAAACCCGGCGGAAAAUUUGGUGAGACUGCUGCCAGGCUAUUUCAGUCGUUUGUGCAAGGGGGCGUCUCUCUCAACAUGACGCAGCAGCUGCUUCAGUCUACCAUGUACCACACCACGGGGGUGCGACUCAAACAAGAUCUCAACAUCACGUGUGCCCGCAACACGGUCAAGGUUCUUGCUCUCGGCAUUACGCAGCUAGAUGGGAAUGAGUUGGUCAAAGCGAUUCUCAAGGCGCCGUUUUUGCUGAUUGCCGGUGACGAGUCUCUCCGCAACGGGGACAAGAAGUUCCCCAUCUUCGUCGCUUUUUACGACGUGGAGGCGGACGCGCCGUGGUUUGGAUUGGUGCGCGUAUGU